UGAACGGACAAGUCAAGGCUUGAACAGAAAGGCUGCCAGCCGCUGUCAGGCGAACCAGCUCGUCUCGACUAGGAAGCCAGCUUGGUUCGGUUUCGUCACUCCCCGCACCAAUACCCAUCUUACAGCGAGGAUGCAGUCUCUGCGAACGCGUCGCCCGUCCGACUCUCGCCAGCCCAUCAAACGGAGCAUCUCGAAACUAGCGAAGUCACCCUCAACCAGACAAAAUGCCCGCAAAUCAACCGUGGACGAUAAGAUCAAGAAACGGAUGUCUCUCAAAUACGCAGAGAUAUCCUCUCCAACAGAUGUUUCAGUUCCUACUGUACCGUCCAUUCCUAUUGGGCUGAGGCCAGGUGUCGCGAGGGAUCCAGAUGAGAUUGUGCGGGAUGUUGCAGAGGUAAAGGAGGACCCUCGUCUUGCUGACCAGAGACUCCUCGACAAGCAGAACUUCGACCCCGAUGCUUACUUGAAAGCAAAACUAGCUAACUCUACCGAAGCAGAGCUCAAGUCCCUGCAGUCUUCACUGCGCUCAGCCAAGGAUGACACGGCCGUCGAACUUCAAAAGAACGUGUUCAAAAACUAUGCCGAGUUCGUUCUCAUAUCAAAGGAGAUUAGUGUUCUCGAGAACGAGAUGCUCGAACUCAAGGAAAGCCUUCAAGAAUGGAAAUCCAUGCCUUCACUACUGCACAUCGAGGAAUCGGCCUCCGUAGCAGACCGGAGACGUGCCGCUCGUUCAUCCGUCGCUGAUCUUCGCAUUCUGUAUGCCUCUCAGAUGCAAACACUACACUCACAGAUAUCUGGUUCAGCAAAGUUUGCUCCAGCCACCCCCGGCCGGCACAUUACCUCAGAGAUGGAUGGGGUAUUCGAAUUGAACGCAGCGACCUACAAGGUGGUAAAUAUCGUGAGAUUCGUGGUAUUGGAUGACGCAGUGUUGGUGGCGAGAAGGAGGGGCGGAGGCGCCGCCGCCGCGUCGGGAAUGGGUGGAGGCGAAACAACAGGGAAGCUUGUCGCUGAAAGGUGUUGGCCUCUGAAUGAAAUGUUGGUGCUCGAUACCAAAGACACAGCCAAUAUGACCAACGUCUUCAAAAUACGACAUGGAAAAGAAACACACGUAUAUAGGACUGAGGCGUCCUCAGAUAAGAAGGCCCUUCUUGGUCAAUUCCGCCAUGUAGCAGAAGAACUUGCCGUUCGAAAGCGUAAAGAACGAGAGGGUGAGCACGAACGCCGAAAGAGCCUAUGGGCAGCGGAAGACCGUGGUUCGGCAGUUUUCAACCCAGAAAAGCUGCCCCCUCUACCAGAUUGGAUGGCCGAACUUGCGAGAGCAGCUAAUGCACCGACUGCUCAGGACCUUUCCGCAAAAGCUAAGAGCGACGACGACGCCCGAGUUUUGUCUGAGUUAUCUGACGACCUUACCGUCGCCAUAGCUCUGCGCGAUUGGUCGCGCGCUGUCAAACUUGCAGAAUCCGCUCGUUCUUACCCCUCACUAGCUCCCCUCAUUUCAGCACUUACAUCCGCGUUGUUGGACGCUUUAGCACGCCCACGCAACACGAAGUCCACUUGCGUAGAACUUGUAGGGCAUCUUAUGCGACUCGGCGCCCGCUCAAGAGCCCGGGAGACCUUUUUGGCUGCUAGAAGCGAGGCAAUCAGAAGAUACAUCCGGGCGAUACCUUUUGAAGGACAUAUCGGGUUAUAUGUGCAUGACCUGGCGGUGGUCAUCUUCACAGCGCUUAAACACACCGCGGAUUGGUUCCUUGCUGGGUUCGUGGAACACGAGAUGACGAGCAGCUUUAUUGACUGGGCCAAAGGACAAAUCGAAAUAUUUGCGGAGUUGUUCCGGAACCAAGUCUACAACUCCGAUGCCGACCAACAAACCGUUGACGAGGCGUUAGAAGUUGCACACACUCAAAGCCGGAAGCUUCUACAAGAGUUUGGUCUUGACUUCCGUUACCUUCUGGACGAUCUUCUGGUGGAGACUCCGAAGACACCACUGAGCCUCGCACCUCCCACACUUCCAGCGCACAUUGUUAUUCCACCGUCCGUCCCCCGCACCCGGACAUCUCAACUGUCGUCUUCCGCGACUUCAUUGACAAUCGGUUCAUCAACCCCGUCCGUCCCGUCGCGUAUACGAACCCCUGCUGCGAUUGGCGAAUUGGAACCUACAGUGAUACCACCGCUUCCACGUGAGGUCUCCACGAUUAGGAGGGCAGCUCUACCGCCUCGGUCGACUAACAGGCCGGGUAGCGCGGCGCGACCACCGCCAGUUGUAGUACCACCACGGGAUGGCAUGUUCUGAGUUGGAGGUGGAUGUAAGUUAUAGAAGACAACUCAUUUACUGUAAAUGUAUGUAGACAAAAAAUAAUUAGGAGUCUGGCGUAUGUAGUGGAUACACGAACGAACAGAAGCACG